AUGUCCAUUCCUGGAAAUUGGGGAAGAUGGGGUUCGUGGAAUAGUUGUCCAGUAACAUGUGGUGGUGGCCUCCGGAUAUCAAACAGGGAUUGCAAUAACCCUCCUCCAUCCGGUGGUGGAUCAACAUGUAGUGGUAAAUCUAACAGGACCAAACAAUGUGCUACUGAUGAUUGCCCAGUUCCUGGAAAUUGGGGAAGAUGGGGUGCGUGGAAUAGUUGUCCAGUAACAUGUGGUGGUGGCCUCCGGAUAUCAAACAGGGAUUGCAAUAACCCUCCUCCAUCCGGUGGUGGAUCAACAUGUAGUGGUAAAUCUAACAGGACCAAACAAUGUGCUACUGAUGAUUGCCCAGUUCCUGGAAAUUGGGGAAGAUGGGGUGCGUGGAAUAGUUGUCCAGUAACAUGUGGUGGUGGCCUCCGGAUAUCAAACAGGGAUUGCAAUAACCCUCCUCCAUCCGGUGGUGGAUCAACAUGUAGUGGUAAAUCUAACAGGACCAAACAAUGUGCUACUGAUGAUUGCCCAGUUCCUGGAAAUUGGGGAAGAUGGGGUGCGUGGAAUAGUUGUUGAGUAACAUGUGGUGGUGGCCUCCGGAUAUCAAACAGGGAUUGCAAUAACCCUCCUCCAUCCGGUGGUGGAUCAACAUGUAGUGGUAAAUCUAACAGGACCAAACAAUGUGCUACUGAUGAUUGCCCAGGUAAAUGA